UUUAUGUUUCUGUCUUAAUCUCAUGAUAUUCUGGGAUGGAUGCCAUAAACGGUGUGCAAGCAGGUUGGCUAGAGGUUGUCUACGUUGAGUUUGCUUUUUGUUCUGCUCUAUUUCUCGGUGCUCUUAAAGGUUUACUUGUUGGACCUAUUGCUGCUUUGAUACUGAUAAUAGGAAAUUUGGGGGUCAUCAUUGGAUUGUUACCUGCACAUAUUGCAUGGACUGUGUACAAAAUCAUAAGUAUAAUAGAUGCGAUGCACCCAUUAAAGUUGCUAUAUUGAUUGUUUUGCCUAUUUUAUUC